AUGAAGCUCAACCGGGUUCGCCGCCGCAGCCGUGAUCUGUUGAAAGUCGACAGGCUAAUCAAACUGCCCGACGAUGUGCUGCUCAACAUCCUGGAGAGGCUCGGCACGCUCGACGCCGUCAGGACCUGCGUCGUCUCCAGGCAAACGCUCAACCUGCCGGCCUUGCUCUCGCAGAUCGUCAUCGAUCUCGGCGACCUUGAUCUACAGCGCAAGAACCGCGGCGUGGCCGACAUGACCGACAAGAUCCUCAGCACGAGGUCUCCACAGAUCCCCAUCCGCAACCUCAAGCUCAGGUUCAUCAUGAGAGGCGACGACCAUCUCAAGAUCGGCAGGGCCGUCGCCCUCGCCAUGGCCACGCAGAAGAUCGACGCGGCCGAGUUCGAUAUCCUGACCAAGGACAUCUAUUAUAGGCGCUCCGAUGCCGAUCUUCUCGACUCCGCGAAGCUGUUCAACAACUUUAUCGGCGAGUGCGCCGACGCGUUUGCCGGUCUCACGCGGCUGCAUCUGCAGAACCUGAGGUUCGGUGAAUCGGACAUACCCAACAUCCUAGCCACCUGCAAGCGGCUGGAGUCGUUGCGUUUGCUCCAUUGUGACGCGCGGAAACUUCCGGUGCUGCACGUAGAGCAUGCCAGACUCGUUGAGCUUAUCUUCGCCUAUGCAAAGUUCUCAACAGUGGAGCUCGGCUGCCUGCCGGAGCUUCGACGGAUGACCUUGCAUAGAUGGAUAUUUGAUAACCUAGACAAUCCCUUGAUUUUGGGCUAUGCCCCUCAGCUCUCCAAGCUAACUCUGGCGCAUGCGUUCAUUAUAAACAGGACCCUCAAGCUGAGCCAGCUGCUUGUUAAUGUCCCCUCAAUAAGUGACCUGCACCUCGAUUUUCAAAGUGAAAAGGUUUGGGUUCUACCAGAAUGCCCUAAAGUGCUUGCACCUGUGCUCGGCAAACUACGGCGCGUGAAUCUUAACAAUCUUCCUGAGGAAUGUGACAUCGCUUGGACAAUGUUCCUUCUUGAAGCUGCGCCAUCCUUAGAGGAGCUUUGCAUCACAGUAUGGGAUCAUAAAUGCCAAUUGGAGUCGCAAAAAAGUUACUCCCAGAAAACCGAUGUGAACUGGGAGCCAUCUAAUCCCGGUUUCAAGCACAAUAAUCUUUCCAGACUAACUAUCUUUGGCUUCCAACCCAACGACAACUUCAUGGGAUACGUCAGCCGCGUCACUGAAGCUGUGGAGAACAUCAAGGAGGUAUCUCUAUACGACAGGAAGGUGUGCAAGCACUGCGUUGACAAGUUUCCUCAUCUCGGGGUUCGUCCUUGGAGUUGUCCACAGACCAGCGAGGAGGUGGAUUCAUUCAGACUGGAGAUCGCAGAGGUGAUCAAGGGGAGGGCGAUGGCGGUGGCUUCCACUCAUAAGGUCGGCCAUGAUAGCAUCUGA